AUGGAUUUCUCAAACAACGCAUUCCGUGUUCCUCCAAAAGUUUCCGAGGACACAAUGUCACACGCAAAUCUGGUCAUGGCGUGUCAAUGGGGGUGGUCAAGCACACCUGACUCAGAACAGGUACAGUCUACCGAUCUGACCGCGUCACAAUCUACGUUGAACACGCCCUUCAACAAUAUCCGAAGCAAACGAUUCGCGCCGUGCCAAGGCCGACUUUACCACCAGCUCCUAUGCUCCCAUCGUAUCCGAACGGACUUAGUUGAAGACUGUGGUGGCAACUGCGUCGAGCCUUUUGGAAAACCCUUGGCUACUGCAUUCGUCUGCAAUGAAUGCAUCCAGAAGGAGGCUAUCGACAUUUGGGAACAGCGAAAGGCGCAGCAUGGAGCUUCUUAUCCACCGAUCGAUCGAAUGUCGAAAGAGCAAUACGACGUGUUCUUUGAAGAGCGCCGGACUCUCGAGACCGAGUUUGCGCGAGAGCACAAGCUCUACGAGUUAGAGCUCAAGGCCAACAUGCGACCUAGCAACGUCUGUUCCGCACAAGAAGCGAGUAAGGAUGAAACCGAGUUCGCAUCCAAACUAGACUCUCUUUCAUUAGCGAUGAUGGCGUCUGGUGAUGGAGCAGCUCAACCUCAGUUUGUGCAGUCUCGCGAUCGGUCGAGUAUACCGAGCGACGCUUCCGAGCAGCUGCACUGGACUUUAAGCACCCUUGCACUGGAUCGUGGCGCAUGUGGCAUCGAAUAUUCGACAACACAGUCUCCAAAUGGUGUGCCAUCCUUGCGACAAGUGAAUGAGGAAGAACUAUGGCGAAAGCCGCGGGAGUAA